AGUCUGCACACCGAGUUCGCCGAGUCCCCCACGAAUUCUCUCCCUCUCUCUCCCUCUCUCUCUCUCUCUCUCUACAGAAAUCAACAGUGAUUCUCUUUCUCUCUAAACAGAAAUCAACAGUGAUUUAGAUCUAAAAACCCCAUUCAAAAGAUCCACCAGAAACCAUGUCAUGAGAGAACGAUUCCGAUCUCCAGAUUCCGAUCCCAAAUCGAAACCCUAGGGGAACUGAAUUCCAGAUCUCCAUUUUCAGCUCUGAAUUUCAGAAUUUGAUCACGAAACCCUAGCCAUGUCGUGCUUAGCCCUCUCUCUUCAACCCUCCAAUGGCUCCGACAUCCUCCUCCAGACUCGCGAGUGGUUCCCUCCCGCCCGCGCCCUCGUCGCCCUCUCCGCCUUCCGCCAGACUCGCCACGCCUUCGCUGCCGCCAAACACAGCCACCACCACCGCCACGACCACCCCUCCGAUUCCGAUCCCGCCGUCGAUUCCAUCGGCGACGAUCCCUUGGCGGCCUCCAGCGGCCAGGUAAUCGUCGGCGUCGAAAGCCGGUAUCGAGUCGUUUAUCGCCUUGUGAACUCGAUCUACGUUCUCGGAAUCACCACCGCCGAUCACGACAACUCGAUCAAUGUGUUCGAAUGCAUCCACGUCGUCAAUCAGGCCGUCAGCGUCGUCGUCGCCGCUUGCCGCGGCGUCGAUGUGACGCCGGAGAAGCUCGGGAGGAAGUACGCGGAGAUCUAUAUGGCGUUGGACAUCGUUCUUAGGGGAGUUAGCAAUAUCCGCCUUGCCGCGAUGCUCGGGUCGAUGCACGGCGACAGCAUUGCGAAGAUGGUGCACUCGGCGCUCGACACCGAGAACAAGAUCCGCGGCGCCGAUAGUUGGAGCAAUGUGGAGGGGAAUUCUGUCGAAAACCUUGCGAAUAUCGAGGUGUUUUCAAUGGCAGUGUUUGAAUUGCCGGCGGAGACUAUUGCGGCGGGGGAUGAGGUUGCCGCGACGCUCGCUCCCGUUGUGCAGAGCGAGCAGCUGGAUCAGGAGGAAAAGGUGGAGGAGAGCGAGGGGGAGAAGGACCCUUUCGCGGCGAGCGAGAAGAUUAACCAGCCGGAGGAGCUGGUGAGUGGGUUCAAGAAGACGAGAGAUCCUUCCGCCACGGAUUUGACCAAGGCGUUGGCGACUCUCGAGGUGACGACGCUGCCGCCCGCGGAGGCGACACAGUCAACGCACAUUGCCGUCGAAGGGUUUGAAGGAGAGUACGGUGGAAUUGAGUUCGGGAAUGAGCAGGCUUCUCUGGGAGACACUUUUGAGGGCUUCAGCGAGGCUUGGGGUGGCGGUUUAGACCCCUCAGAGUUUGUUGGAUCGACAAAAGUUGCGAAACUGCAGGGUCUCGGAGGGCUUGAAUUGCUGCAGACCGGGCAAAGCGACGCAGCUUCAAAAGCAGAUGCUGCCCCCGCGAGCGGGGCUUCAGGUAAUGCACUUGAUGACCUUGUGAAAUCAACUGAAAUGAAAGGACCUGAGAUGUACAUUUCGGAACAGAUUAGUGCCGAGUUUAGAGAAUCAUUGCUUGCUAGAGUAGGAUUAAUGGGGACUGUCUAUUUGAAAACUUUGCCGGUCAAAUCUUCUGGUGAUAAUAAGGAAACAGAGUUCUCAUUCCGGGUUGAGGGCACAAGUCCGGUUAAGAGAUUUGUUAUGCAGAGUUCUCGGAUUAGUAGUCUUGGCAAUGGAUUGUUCCACGUUAGGACCGCGGCUUCUGAGGAGCCUUUGCCGAUUUUGAAGUAUAGUCUGCUUCCUAGGUCUACACCAUUGCCAUUGAGGGUUCGUCUUAUUAAACGUCACAGUGGAACUUUACUUUCUGUGAUGAUUCAAUACGUAUCAAACCCCGAUUUGCCUGCACCAUUGAGUGAUGUGACGUUUGUCUUGAAACUACCAGUCGAUCCUUCAUUGUUGAAGGUUUCGCCUAAAGCAGUGCUGAAUAGGGCCGAGAGAGAAUUGAAAUGGCAUGUUUCGGAGAUCCCAUUGAAGGCGUCUCCUGGAAGGUUGAGGGUGAGAAUGCCUGUGGAUUCUAGUGAGAAUGAUGGUGGUGAAGAGAUGGAGGUUGUUGCUUAUGUGAAAUUUUCGGUACAAGGGACUAAAUCGUUGUCUGGGAUUUGCCUACGGCCUGCCACCGAGGGAAAAACUGACUUUUAUGAGGUUAGCCACAGGUAUGAGAGUGGGGUGUAUUUGUGCAAUUGAUCCACGAUAAGAACGGCUGUUUCAUUGUAGAUUGUUUGUUCUUUUCUGCUCUUCAUUUUCCAUUGAGGAGGUUUUUUGUUAUGAUGUGUUUGUACCAUUCUUUUUGACAUUGUGCUUGUAAGGAAGAUUGUCCGUUAAGUGAAAGCCUUUCUUUUUCU